AUGCCCAAGCCGAGAAGCUGCAACAAAAGGCUCAGUCCAACGCCAUUCACCCUGCCCUCUACGUCAUGUGAUGUCUGGAUCUCCCUCUCGUCCUCCGUCAUUCUCUUCAACAAAUGGAUCCUCGAUACCCUCAACUUCCGCUACCCUGUCAUCCUGACCACCUACCACCUUUCUUUCGCUACCCUCAUGACCCAGAUCCUCGCUCGAUGGACUCACCUCCUUGACGGCCGCAAGACGGUCAAGAUGACCGGCCGUGUCUACGUGCGGGCCAUUGUCCCCAUCGGCCUCUUCUUCAGCUUGAGUUUGAUCUGCGGCAACCUGACCUACCUCUACCUCUCUGUCGCCUUCAUCCAGAUGCUCAAGGCUACUACUCCUGUUGCUGUCCUCCUUGCCGGUUGGUCGCUUGGCGUGUCUACGCCCAACAUGAAGGUCUUCCUCAAUGUUUCCGUCAUCGUUGUCGGUGUGAUUAUUGCUUCGAUUGGCGAGAUUGAGUUUGUCUGGGUCGGUGUCAUCUUCCAGAUCGGCGGUGUCAUCUUCGAGGCUCUGCGUCUGACCAUGGUGCAACGCCUUCUGAGCUCGGCCGACUACAAGAUGGACCCCCUGGUCUCUCUGUACUACUUCGCGCCCAUCUGCGCCGCCAUGAACCUCGCUGUUGCGCUCGUUUGGGAGAUUCCUCGCUGCUCCAUGGCCGAGGUCUACCACGUCGGCCUCAGCACCUUCUUCCUCAACGGCAUGUGUGCGUUCCUCCUGAACGUCUCUGUCGUUUUCCUGAUCGGCAAGACCUCUUCCCUGGUGCUCACCCUCUGCGGUGUGCUCAAGGGACGUCAUGCUCGUCGCUGCUUCCAUGAUGAUCUGGGCACCAAGGUCUCCGCCCUGCAGAUCUUCGGCUACACCAUCGCUCUCGGUGACAUGGUCUUCUACAAGCCUCGGAUACGAGCAGCUCCGAGGCUACAUUUGAGAGGCCAGGUUGCGCCAACCUACGCCCCCGAGUACGACCCCCACAAGCUCGUCAACGGCAUGCACAGCGUUAGUGAUCGUCUGGGCUCCGACAGGCUGUAA